UGACCACAAUAUGCAAGCCUUCCUUUGAGAGAGAUGGUCACCAAAAAUGCAAUGGACAAUUGGAAAUUUUUCUACACAGUCCUUCUACCCACCCUGAUUAGCUUCACACAAAACGCCGCGUCAGGGGUCCGGGUGGUGCUGACCGCGGACCCGCCCUGGUCACGCGUGUCGGCUGAAGAGACCGUGCAUCUCACCUGUGAGGUGAAGGAUUCCGAGCCGUCCGUCCGAUGGGAAUACAGCUGGAAGAAGCUGAGAGGAACAGAAGGAACCACGCUGUCCUCCUCUCCGGGAGAAGGGUCGUCUGCUUACACCCUGAGCCAUGUGCGGGAGGAUGACAGCGCCCAGUACUGGUGCGAAGCCAAGGCUGGAAACCACUCAGCUGUCAGCGCAACGCGCGCGGUCAUCGUUCACGCAUUAGUGGUGCUAACCAUGGAGCCUGGUGGCAGGAGGACAUUCUACACCACAGAACAAGUGACUCUGAGCUGUGGGAUUCGCAGCAAUCGGACCGGCUGGAGAUAUCUAUGGUACAAAGACGGACAGGAACUUCCUCUGGACAAGGCUACGGACACAUACACCAUUCAGUCUGUUGUUCAGUCAGACUCCGGAACAUAUAUCUGCAGGGGAAAAAAUAAAAUCAAACCAAUGUACACAGCCAGCAGCAACUCUGUCAUACUCAUGGUUUCUGGACCCCAGCUGUCUGGCGUAUUAACUCGUCCUCAGGCUGUGCUGACUUUGGAGACUGCAUGGAUAGAGAUCUUCAGGUCAGACAGUCUGACUCUGAGGUGUCAGGUUGAGGGGAGCUCUGCUGAGUGGAACUACACGUGGUACAGAGAUGGACGGCAUCUUCCACUGGACCCCAGCGGGGACAGACUCACACUCACCGCUGGAAACGACUCUUACAGCAGUGAAUAUAAAUGCAGAGGAAACAGAACAGGCCAACCGUCUUACACAGAGUUCAGCGAAGGAUUUAGAGCACACAACAUUGUUUCCUGCACAGUGGAGAAUCUAGCACGGGUCGCUGUGGGGGCGGCCAUCUUGCUCUUCCUGUCCGUCAUUGUGAACGAAGGCUUUUGGAGGAGGGCGAGGAAGAUGAGGAGGUGCUGCAUUUGAGCCAACGAUUGUCCCUGUCAUGGAGAAAAAAACCUGGCUGCAAAACAGCAAAUUAGCCGGUUAUUGUGCAGAGAUUAUUUUAAAAGAGCACCCAGAAAUACUCUCAGAGAAAUUAUUUGUACACAGUAUAAGUUCCAGUGUUAACUCAACUCUUAACAGAUAACAUUUGACAUUCCAGAGUGGGACCAAAUGUUAUCUGUUAAGAGUUGAAUUAACACAGUAAGAGUUGAAUUAACACUAUAACGUUUACUGUGUAGCUUGCAAUAAAUGCUUGUACUUUCAUCUGGAAAUGUAUUGUAAUUUAAAAAAAUGAAUGCUUGUAUGUGCUUGUAAGUAAAUCUAGAAAAUAUUUCUAUUUUUCUAAGCUUACACAAAUACAAUUUUUAUGGAUUUUUAAGGGGCAUUGUACAUCCAAUAUAAAUUUUGUUCCCUGGAUUUUUUAUAGUACUGUCCUGGGUGAAAAGGUGAUGGAUUCCAACGUUUGGUCAAAUAUAUUUCGAUACAAAUUCACUCUUUCACUGUUUCUUAAUGUUGUUCAGGGUGGUUUAGUCCUAGUGCCACCAUGUCGGAAAGUAUUAAUUCGAGCUGGCACUCAACCUUAUGACUCAGGUACUACUUACUGUCACGACUGAAUCAUUACUCUUCCUAAGGUCUGGGAGUGUUGCUGCGUAAAUGAGCUCGAAAACCAGUUUGUCUUCAGGACCAAAUCUGAGAAUCUCCUGUUGGGCUUAACCUCCUGAACACGUAUGGCCUUCUGUUCCGUCUCACAUGUCGAGCCAAUUUUCCAUUCCCAUAUUUUUACAGCCUUCUUUGUGUAUUUCAUUGAUGUAUCAGUUAUUGUUAUUUGUUUAUAUAAAGUCAUUAGCUUAUAGAAAUUAUAUCACAUGGGGUAAGAUAUAUGCACACACUGUAUUUAAAUCUUCAAAACAAGUUUAAUGAUGCAAACAUUCCAAAUUCCGAAGGUGUCGGUCUCUCAGGUAUUGCUGUAGGUGAAGGUCUUUGUAGGCCUUCCUUUGUGGGUAUUGCCUAUGUGUGCUUCAUACUACAUUUCACCCUUUGAACUAAAGAUCAUUAAUGGGUACUUUU